GGCGGGUUGGGAGAUUAUUUCUGCGCAGUUCAAACAUUGUGGGAAAGUUUUACGGUUCAACUUUCUACUCCACAGAAAUUAUGGCGACGUCUGACCAGAAAUUUGUAUUGUAUGGUUACUUUCGCUCAUCGGCUACGUGGCGCGUCCGUAUCGCAUUAGCUUGGAAGGGCAUCAAGUACGAGUAUAAACCCAUUAAUCUCGUGAAAGGCGAACAAAAAACAGAAGCCCACAUGGCUCUCAACUCCUUCAAGCAGGUCCCCGUGCUGGUACUUCCAGACGGUACAGUGUUGGUACAGAGUACGGCCAUUUUAGAGUAUCUCGAAGAAGCCUAUCCAGAAAACCCCUUGUUGCCCAAGGAUCUAGUGCAAAGAGCCGUUACUCGUUCCAUCCUUAGUGAAAUUGCCUGUGAUAUGCAACCUUUGCAGAACACAAAAGUGACUUUCUAUGUAUCAAAUGAUGCUGACAAGCGUACGGAAUGGGCAAAUUACUGGCUGACCAAUGGCUUUGAUGCCCUCGAAAAACAUCUGGCAAAGACAGCUGGAUCUUAUUGUGUAGGAGACCAGGUUACCUUUGCAGACUGCUGUCUUGUGCCAAUGGCCUACAAUGGAUUCAGGUACAAGGUGGAUAUGAACGCGUAUCCAAAUAUCAUUCGUGUUUUGGAUAAUUUGGAGAAACUGGAUGCCUUCAAAGCUGCCCAUGCACAUGCGCAGUCCGAUUGUCUACCAGAACUGGUUGGCAAGUCCAUGAAGGAUCAGUAAGAAAAAGGGGUGAUUAGCUGCAUUAGACUAUGACAAAAUGGUUUGGUCAAUGGCGGAGAGUGUGGACGUCUUAUGCAACGAUGAGAAAGAGACGCCCCCCCCAGCUAUAAUGUUUUUUAUUCUCACAUUAUUGUCUUAAGGUAUACUGGAGCUCCUUGUUAUUAGUUGGAAUAAAAAGGAUUGCACCUUUCCUAAUAAUAACUAGCGU